AUGUCUUCUUUGUUGAUUGCUUCUCCUCUAAUAGUGGUGGCCUUCAAUCUAAGUGGGUGUUUCAAAAGAAAAGAGCGACACGAGCAUAGUGAUGAGCGACAUGAGGAAGUCAAAAAAGCGGUAGAAACAACACCGCCAAAGGUGGAGGGACUACAGAAUGAAAAGAGCGGAGCAAAGUCCGCAUCUCUACAGAAGUUUCUCACUCUAGCACCUACACAAAGUGCGGAUCAAGAUGAAAUAGAAAGUUCUCAACGAAGCGCACCAGCAUCAUUGAGAGGAGAAAAUAGACAGCAAGUCAAAGAGAAAGUUGUCGUGAAAUCAUCUUUACAAGAAGUGGCGUCAACGCCAAGCAAAAAAACGACUGUGCCUCAAAGCCGAUCUGUAGAUGGAGCAAAGGUUCAAAAAACAACGUCUCGAACUCAGUCGGUACAAAACAUGGCCACUUCUCGUAACGAAAGACCACGAAGUGGUGUCGCUGCAAGAACUCAGUUCUCAACUAGUGCCAAAUCUAAUAAAAGCAUACAGACCGCCAGAUCUGUAAACUCCAAGUCCAGUUCAGUGCAGAAGAAGUCGUUCAUGCAGAGGAUAGGAUUGAGUAAAGGAAGUUCGAGGAAAUCUGCUUCGACGCAAUCUGCACCGAAGUCAAAACAGAAAACAAUUUCGAGAAGCACGCAGUCUGGAAAGUCAAGCAAGAAAUCAAAAUCGGCGAAAGCUGGCUCACAAGUAUCCGGAAAAUCGAAAUCUAAGAAAUCCAAAUCCACAAUGUCCGCGCCAAAAUCGAAGAGUGGGAAAAUUAAACAGAAGAAAGUUAGCAAGAAAAGUAAAAGAAGCAAGCUUCUGUGCUGCAUAGCUCCAAAUCAAUCGAAAGAAGUUCCACUGAAGAGUACAUCAGUGUCACAGCAAAGGCCGAUAGCAGCUGCUGCUCAAUGAUUACUCAGUGAUCAUGAACUGACAUGAAGGAAUUUCCCAUUGAUAUCCGUAUUACAAAUAAAGAUGGU